AUGAAAAUAGUAGAGGAAGCCCAGAAUCUCACAGACACUGUGACCAACAAUCAAUACUUCUAUGCUCAUCAAAGGCAGCGCCAACCAAUACAAAAGAAGGGUGUGUUUGAGCUAGAAAGAGUAGACACCAUCUUGGCACAAAACAAGUUGAUGCACCAGCAAAUCCAACAACAAAUAGAGCUGAUGACAAAGAGAAUUGAUGGACUCCAAGUGGCUGCAGUUUACACAGCAAGCCAACCCUCAAAUGGAUGGAGCCAUAGUAAUGAAGCCUCUGAGAAAAGACACUAUGAGCAGCAAUUAGAACAAGUCCAAUAUAUGCAUAACACCUCAAACUCUUCUCAGAAUGAAUUUCAUGGAGAUACAUACAAUCCAUCAUGGAAGAAUCAUCCUAAUUUGAAGUGGGUUGAUAAUCAGAAUUCAUGGCAAAAGAAUCACAAUUUCAACAACUCCCGCAACAUAAACAAUCAAUCUCAUUCAUCCAAUAACACUAACCAAUACAAAAAACCACAAAAUUCUUACCAACAACCCAACAACAACUUACAAAUCCACCAAAAUAACUUCUUCACACCACAUUUAAAUUCCCAGAACAACUAUUUCAACAUCCCAAACAACUUCCAACAACAACCAUCAUAUCCCAACAUACCAUUUAUUGACCACCAUGAAACCUGGAUCUCAGUUCUUGAGGCAACAUUACAAGCACUUGCUCAAACCACACAGGAUCUAGCAAAGGGACAAGCUGAAAGACCAACCAAUAUUCUCCCAAGUGAUACCAUUUCAAAUCCCAAAGAAGAAUGCAAAGCAAUUCAACACAGGAAUGGAAGGACAUUAGAAGGUGACAAGGCUAACAAUAAAGAAGGGAUGACAGCCGAGGAGAAAGACCAGGAGAAUCUCAACAAGAAGGAGGAAGAACCACAAGCCUCAAAGAAGGGAAAACAAGUCAUGGAAGAGCAUCCACAAGAGAAGAAGAAAGAGGUGAAGCCUUAUACUCCCCCCUUCCAUAUCCUCAAAGAUUCAGAAAAAAAGCUUAAGGAUCAAUAA